AUGUCACAUUCAGGUUCGUCAACAGCGCGUUCAUCUGGACGUCGCUCGGUGUCUUCGCUAUCCACUGCGUCUCGAUUCGAUGCGUUGUCGUUGGGUGUUAGUGGAGCUGAUAAUCGCCAACCUGUUGUCAUCGAAAUUGGCACUAAAUUAACCAAGGUUGGUUAUGCGGGUGAAUUCGUGCCUCGAGCGAUCGUUAGAACGCAACUGAUCGAUGGCACACCAACGCCAGUAUAUCUCUUCGACACGAAAAUGACACCUAAGGAACAAUAUCGAACCCUCGUUAAAUUUCUCAAGCAAGUAUUCUUCAGGAAUCUGCUGACAGUAGCCAAAGAUCGUCGUAUUGUGAUCGUUGAAAGUGUUCUCGAGCCGACCGAACGUCGUCACCUGAUGGCACGAGCAUUGUUCGAAGCGCUCGAUGCGCCAUCGGUGCUCUUCGCACCCUCACAUCUACUCGCCACAUUCCCUUUCGCCGCAUCGAACGCACUCGUUGUUGAUAUCGGAUUCAAAGAAGCUCUUGUCAUACCGGUUCAUUCUUGA